AUGCGGGUUUUUGUCCGUGUUGGCGGACAGUUUCACGCUGGGUUGGCCGAAGUCCCGGUGUGCGUGGACUUGAUCAGUGAAGCAUCACUCGGUGCCCCGAAGAACGUUCUCGAUGCCUCCGAGGAGGUCGAUGGCCAAACUGAACGCGGUCCUCGGAAGUACCGCCUCCUCGACGUCAAGCACCUCCUCAAAGCUAAGAUGGCCGCCUUCACAUCCCGUGGCGGCGGCGAGUCCAACGAUUUUGGGGAUAUUAUGUGGCUUCUCAACAGCGAGUUUGCGACACGUGUGUGGGAGGUAAGCGGUGCGGUACCGAUGGAUCAAAGGAAGGCAUUUAUGGAGUUUAUGACUUUGAUGGCGCCGAAACCAAAAGCUCCAGUAUCACAACAACCCCAAUCUCUCGCGAACAAGGCCUCCCAAGUCAUCCGCGGCCGUUGGCGCGGUGCUCUAGUCGAGUACAUCGACCAUCCCGAACGCUUCCCGAACGAGGUUCUCCGCGUGACAACCAACACAGUCCUGAUCAAGGACGCUUUCCCCAAGGCAACAGUGCAUCUUCUCCUGCUCCCGCGCUCCCCCGCGCAUUACCUCCUCCACCCGCACACAGCCUUUAUGGACAAGGAGUUCCUAGCUAUGAUGCGCGAGGAGGCCGCCGUCGGUGUACGCCUGGCCACCGCCGAACUCUCCCGCCGAUUAGGGUCCUUCUCAGCCACCAACCGGGCCCGUGACGCGGCGUUGAACCAUCUGAAUGACGUCAGCGCCGGCGACGACGACACCGGCGAGGCAAAACCCAUCGAGGAGCUCCCGCUACCCCCGGGCCGGGACUAUGAAAGCGAGAUCCUAGUUGGCACACACGCGCACCCAUCGAUGGCCCAUCUACACGUGCAUAUCGUGUCGCGAGACAUGCACUCGGACCGGAUGCGCCAUCGCAAGCACUACAACAGUUUCACGACCCCAUUUCUUGUGCCGCUUGCCGACCAGCCGCUGGCCGCAGACGACGCACGCCGUGAGACAAGGUAUCAGAAUGCCAACUUAGGACGGGAGUUGGUGUGCUGGAGGUGUGGGAGAGUGUUUGGGAAUAAAUUCGCAGAGUUGAAAAAGCAUUUGGAGACCGAGUUUGUGAGAUGGAGAGAGGAGUAA